CCUCCCCAACCAAAAUAACCUUAACUUUAUCUUCCUCCUCCAUCGCCAUCUUUACUUCUGUCUGCCUCAAAAUGUCCUCCCGCGGCGUCCCAGAAGUCCUCUUUAAAAAAGUAGACGAAUACGUCGACUCCCUCGCCCCCCAGAUCCAACCCCGCAUCACCUCCGAACUCGAAACCUUCCAGCAAAAAACCAUCGACAGCCUCGAAGAUAAAGUCGUCGACGCUUUCCGAUCGCUCUUCAACAAAGAUAAGGAUUCUUCUUCGAGAAGUCCAUUUGAUCUUAAGGAUGAUGCGCCUGAUGCGUAUGGAGGGCAGAGUCUGCCGUUUGCGGAUGAGUUGGCCAAGUUGACGAGGAGUUUUACAAAUAUUACUGAUGAGGCGGGGGAUGAUUUACGUGAUAUUUUCGAUAUUACGGAGGGGAGAGCAGGUGGUGGGCAGGAUACACGAUCGAGGGGAGGAGAUACUUCGAGGGGUGGUGCGAAGGGGUUUUUGUCUGCUGCUUUUGACGCGGUGCAGGAUCAUCUUGAGAACAAUAACGGCAGAGGAGGUGGUCAGGGUUUUGAACUUGAUGGUCUUUUAGGUGUGAUUAGCAACACUGUCAAAGACGCCGCGAGAAACCCUGAAGAAAAAGCACGGAUGAUAAGUCCUGAGAUCAAAGAACAAGUCGGCGCCAAACUUCGCGAACAGCAUGCCCCGAUCGCUGAGCAGUUCACGCGCAUUGCUCUCGACCAUAUCAAGCGCUGGUUACGAGGAAAUACGAGUACGAAGGAUCUGGGCGAUGGUGUGAAGGGGGAGAUUGAAGAUCAGGUUAAGGAUCUUGUCAAGGGAAUUGGGGGGUUGUUUGGGAACAAGAAGUCCAACGAGGGUUCGGCGAGAGGGUUUGGAGAUGGAGAUCGUGAUGGCGAACGAGCUGAUGGGGAGAGCGGUGGUUUCUCAAAGGUCAUAAGCGACAAACUCAGCACGGGCAUCGCAAGAGUCCACAGAGAAGUCCGUCUUGAAUUCCGAAAGAUUCUCGGUGGUAUUGAAAAGCAACUCUUCGAAUUACUACCCGAUCAAUUCCAACGUCCUCUGGAGAAGAUCCUCGGCGGUAACCCCUUCGACGCACAACUCGAUCGCGACGCGGGACCGGGCCAUUCAGCGGAUAGGGGUUUUGGUGAUGAUAUUAAAGCGAAGCUUGUCAAUAAGAUCAGAGGGUUGGUGAGGAAGGUUCAGGAGACGUUGAGGGAGAGUAUUCUGGGGGUUGUUAAUGGUGGGCAUAGGAAGUUUGAGAGGCAGAGUUGGGUGUUUGUGCAGAAUAUGGUGGAGAUGAAGGUUCAGAAGUAUCUGCCCAAGGUCAAGAUCUCGGUGCCGGAUGAUAUUGGGAAUGAGGGUGUAAGUGUUGGUGCACCGGCUGCGGCGAACCUUGGUGGUUCGAAUGCGCCUGUGCCGGCUUCGCAAGGUGGACAGGGAGGAUACUCGCCUUCGGGAGGAUAUGAACGGCCAUCAUCGCAGCACGGGCAGGGUUAUCAACAGCCGUAUAAUCCUCCUUCGCAGUUCCAGCAGGAUCACAGGCCUGAUCACCAGCAGAUCCAGGACUACAGACCGCAGCAGAGUCACGAAUACAGACCACCCCAGGGACAGGACUACAGACCUUCUCAAGGACAGGACUAUAGGCCCCAGCAGAGUCAAGACUACAGGCCUCAAGGUCACGACGAGCAUCGACCUCAAGGACAACAGGGCGAUUACCGACCACAGCACCAGUCCCAGCAGGAUAGCUACCGACCCCAGGACGAGUACAGACCUCAGCAACAGCAGUCGCAUCAAGAGUACCGCCCUGAUCAAUACCCUCCGCCACCACAGCACCAAUCAAGCCACUCUGGAGGCUACCAGCAGAACGAAGGUUACCAGAAUCAGGGUUACCAGCAAGAUCAGGGCCACCAGCAAAGUCAAAGUUACGGCCAGAACCAAGGGUACGGGCAAGGCCAGGGUUAUGGAAGCAACCCUCGCUACUAAGAGCGCAUGUCAAGUUUGACAAGUGCUACGACAUUACCAACAUUUGCAGAUAAGCGAUGCAUUGCGAACUUACAAAACGUCAGACACAACAGCAUCACAGGGGUCCAUCCACGCCGAUGACUUGGGCGACGCUAGAUAGAUUGAUGAAUGAACGGCCAUUACCAUGAUCUGAUCCGUCCCCUGUUCUUGAAUUGACUUAUCAAUAUGCCGAACAUUCCGUCUUUAAUUAUCCCCUCCCGCUCUAGAACGUCCCGCUACCGAGACCCUGGAUUUGCCCCCACAGAUCCUGAGUUCCAUGGCUUCCGCUUCAUCUACACUAAACCAUCAUAUCAUGAAGCACCAUGACAGAAAACCCCCGUCAAUCCCACCAUGUGAGACUUUCUAUUCUACGACGUGCAGAAUAUACACC